AUGCUGAGGAUGAAGCUGCCGCUGAAGCCGACGCACUCCGCGGAGCCGCCGCCCGAGGCUGAGGAGCCUGAGGCAGACGCGCGGCCGGGCGCGAAGGCGCCUCCGCGCCGCCGCCGCGACUGCCGCCCCCCGCCGCCGCUGCCGCCGCCUUCGGGCGCGCCGCGGGGACCCCCGCCGCCGCCGCCGCCGCCGUCCCGGGGGCUCGGGCCGCCUGUUGCUGGCGGGGCAGCGGCGGGGGCGGGCAUGCCGGGCGGCGGCGCGGGGCCCGCGGCGGCGGCUCUGCGCGAGCAGGAGCGGGUGUACGAGUGGUUCGGGAUGGUGCUGGGCUCGGCGCAGCGCCUGGAGUUCAUGUGCGGGCUGCUGGACCUGUGCAACCCGCUGGAGCUGCGCUUCCUCGGCUCGUGCCUGGAGGACCUGGCGCGCAAGGACUACCACUACCUGCGCGACUCGGAGGCCAAGGCCAACGGCCUCUCGGACCCGGGCCCGCUGGCCGACUUCCGAGAGCCCGCCGUGCGCUCGCGCCUCAUCGUCUACCUGGCGCUGCUGGGCUCGGAGAACCGCGAGGCCGCCGGCCGCCUGCACCGCCUCCUGCCCCAGGUGGACGCGGUGCUUCGGAGCCUGCGCGCGGCCCGGGGCGAGGGCUCGCGGGGCGGCGCGGAGGACGAGCGCGGCGAGGAGGACGGCGGCGGCGAGGAGGACGACGCCGAGAAGGACGGCUCCGGCCCGGAAGGCGGCGGCGCGGCGCCCCGGCCGGGCGGCGGGCUGGGAAUCAGGGCCCAGGAGGAACUGCUGCUGCUCUUCACCAUGGCCUCGCUGCACCCGGCCUUCUCCUUCCACCAGCGCGUCACCCUGAGGGAGCACCUGGAGAGGCUCCGCGCCGCGCUCCGCGGGGGCCCCGAGGACGUAGAGGCGGUGCCGGGCCACUUGGCCGGCGCCCGGGCCCAGAAUGACUUGUCUCAUGGUGACUAUAUGCAAAGUCCCGAGGCUGGUUUAAUAGAACAAGCCCCAAUACCUCAUGAUGGACUCACUGUGGCACCUCACAGAACCCAGCGAGAAGCUGUACACAUUGAGAAGAUAAUGUUGAAAGGAGUCCAGAGAAAAAGGGCUGACAAAUAUUGGGAGUACACCUUCAAAGUAAAUUGGUCUGAUCUUUCAGUCACAACAGUAACAAAAACCCACCAAGAACUACAGGAAUUUCUACUGAAGCUUCCCAAGGAGUUGUCCUCGGAGACUUUUGACAAGACCAUCCUCCGAGCCCUGAAUCAGGGCUCGCUGAAGAGGGAGGAGCGGCGGCACCCUGACCUGGAGCCCGUCCUGAGGCAGCUAUUUUCAACUUCAUCACAAGCUUUUCUACAGAGUCAGAAAGUACACAGCUUUUUUCAGUCCUUAUCAUCUGACCCUCUACACAGCCUCAAUAACUUACAAUCCUCUCUGAAGACCUCUAAGAUAUUAGAACACUUGAAAGAAGACAGCUCGGAAGCGUCAAGUCAAGAAGAAGAUGUGUUACAGCACACCGUAAUCCACAAGAAACAUGCCGGCAAAAGCCCCCUUGUGAACACUGUCGGUGCGGGUUGUUCCCCAGGGGACCGGCUCCCCGUGCAGUAUGCUGAGCAGAAUGGAGUUGUGGACUGGAGGAAGCCAGCCUGUGCCACCGGUCAGCGCCAGGAGCAGUGUGUGGCCUUAGUUGACCAGCAUUCAACUGAAAAGCGAAGUUUAUCUUCAAUCAGUAAGAAGAAAGGAAAACCACAAAUAGAAAAGGAGAAAAUUAAGAAAACUGACAAUAGAUUGAAUAGUAGAAUAAAUGGUAUUCGAAUCUCUGCUCUUCCGCACACCCACGGUGGUUCUGUGAAAGAUGUGAGUUUGGACAUUGGAUCUGGACAUGACACAUGUGGAGAGACGUCUUCAGAGAGUUACAGCUCUCCUUCUAGCCCCCGACAUGAUGGAAGAGAGAGUUUUGAAAGUGAAGAAGAAAAAGACAGAGACACAGACAGCAAUUCCGAGGACUCUGGUAACCCCUCGACGACCAGGUUUACAAGUUAUGGUUCUGUCGGCCAGACGGUCACGGUCAAGCCACCUGUUCAAAUUGCUUCCUUAGGAAACGACAGCACAAACCUUUUGGAAGAUCCCUUAAGUUCAGCCAAGUAUCAGCAUAUUUCUUUCAUGCCAACUCUACACUGUGUCAUGCACAAUGGUGCCCAGAAGUCGGAGGUCGUGCUGCCUCCGCCCAAGUCUGCAGAUGGCAAGACAAUCGGGAUGCUGGUCCCCGGCCCCGUGGCGCUCUCCGCCCUCCGGGAGCCCGCGGACCCCGCAUCCGUGGGCGCGCUCGGGUCGGCGGCGUCUGCCGGGGACUCGGAGAAGCCGCUGGAGCUGCUGGCGGCCCCGCUGCCGCUGCCCACUGGCUUCCUCCCUCACGGCGGUGGCCCCGCGCUGCACCUCACCAUCCAGAGGCUGAAGCUGCCGCCGGGCCCCCCUGAGAGCUGCGCCCUGAACCUGGCGCCGCCGCCCGCCGCGGGCCUAAGCGCGGGCUCCGCGAGCGCCGCCUUCGGCCCUGGCCCCGGGCCCUUCCCGGGCUCACCCGUCGGUGCCACGGACCCCGUCCCGAAGGCCGCCUCGCCGGCGGCGGGACUCUCUCCAAUGGUGCCUCAGCUGGAGGGCGGCGCGGCGACUGCGGCCCCGCCUGCCGGCGUGAAGGUGGUGGUCCCUGCGGCCGCGUCUGCCGCCUUCCCUGGGCCAGCCGCCACGAGCGCGCCGUCGGGUGCCCCGAGCCCCGCGCCCAGCGCGAGCCCCGCACCCAGCACGGCGCAGGGCGACGGCGCCGCCUUCCUGGGCGCGGGCGCGCUGCUGGCUCCGGCCGGCGCCUGCGGCUCGUGCGGCCGGCGCUGCGGCUGCGGGGCCGGGCUGCCGCUCGGCGGCUACUACUACCCGGGGCCGGCGCCCGGGCCCCUGUACCGCGUCUCGCCCUUCUUCAGCCUGCCCUCCCUCUGCAACGGCAGCUACCUCAGCCAGGCGCCCCAGGGCAGCGGCGGCCAGCUCCCCUUCUUCCUGCCUCAGGCCCCGUACGCCAGCGGGCUGGUGCCCGACCCGGUGCUGGGCGGCCAGGCCGGCUACGGCGUGCAGCCGGUGGCGGGCUUCGGCCGGUUCUACCCCGUGUACCCGCACAGCGUGGUGGCCGGCUCGGGCGGCGCGGCGCCCAAGAAGAGCGGGAGCGCGUCAUGCUACAACUGUGGCGUGAGCGGACAUUAUGCGCAGGAGUGCAAGCAGUCGUCCAUGGAGGCCAGCCCACAAGGCACUUACAGACUGAGAUACGCACCUCCCCUCCCCCCUUCUAAUGAUACGUUGGACUCUGCAGACUGA